CAAUAUCAAGAAGGAAUAAUCAAUAAGGAAAAGAAAUCGAUUCUUUCAGAGUCUCUAAAAGUUGUUGAUUUAGCAGAGCAGAAUGCACCUGAUUAUCAUGUCAAUGAUGUCAUAUGUAUCGAUAUAAAAGAAUGUUAUCCAGCAAUUGCGGUAAAUAGAGAAUUGCCAGAGGAUGAUAUCACUAGAUUUGUGCAGAUAAGAUCUUUUAAAUUUGCAUCAAAUAUAUAUUCAGCGAUUUCCGUCUGGUACGGAAAACAUUUUGCGUAUCGAAGUGGAGAAGGAUGUGGAAAAGAAAAGGAUGAGCACCUAUU